UCAUUGAUGGUUUCUCGCAUAAACCGAUUUGUCUUCCAGUCUAUUGUUUCAAGCAGGGAUCUGUUUCUUCUUCACUUUUUGAUCGUGUGAAUGACAAUGUCGCAAUAACUCCUACAAUCAUCCAAGCCAGUUCGUUUUUACAGAGGAUUCUUUGGAAGACUAGGUACGUUACAAUUGAUGCGAUGAACAGUUUUCCAAUCAUGAUUCUACUUUGGCGAAUGCUUGUCCUCGGUGAAUUUUAUGAGCUCUAAAUUCUUCCUCAAUUUGUUUACAUUUCACAUAUUACUUGCUCCAUAUAAACACAGACGAUUCUUGUUUACCCACGUCAUACUUGCAAACCUUAUUUUCACGUGCGCUCCUAGAGUUGCGACAAAUACGCGACGUGUUUCAAAGAAACUACUUCCAACUGUCUAUUUACUCUAAAACGAAGAAUUGAGUUAACAAAGCUACAAAAGACGCGUUUUAUGGACGAGGACAUGGACCAUUUGCUACGAUCUAUGAAUCAAAGAAUUCUUAGGCUACAGGGUUCACUCCAUGGUUAUGAGGUUGAAAGGGUUCAAAAAGUUUGCGCCUCUGUGGACCAAAUGCUUCAGAAAUACAGUCUAGAUAAUCCAUUUGAAACUGCAAUGAUGCAACUUUUUUCCUUGCCGCUUGAAGAUAUGGAUCGAGAAGAACGUUUACAGACAACACUUGUUCUGAAACAGGAACUGGAGACUAUCAACGACUUCGUGCACUCGUUACAGGGUCUAAGUGUAUACAGGGCUUCGGACGAAGUUUGUUCCGGAGAAACUGCGGCUGUUUCUGCGUAUGCUUCGUCGUGUUCCUACUAUGACAAAUUGCUUGCUGUACUCUCGGAAAAACACAAACACAUACAAUGUGCUAGUGUUUCUCUUACAGGGAAUCUCAUUAUUUACAAAAGAUUGAUUCACAACCAGCAGCUACUCUCUGUUUCCGACCGUUUGCGACAGCUACAGCAAAACUUGACAAUUUCAAAACAAUAAUUAACGAAACAGCUGUCCACAGGCUAAGACUGUGCUCCGGAUUAUUUUUAAUAUUCUAAUCUGCGAUGUUUGUGUCCUAAACUUCAUGCUUGCAUACGAGCUAUCGAACUAUGGUACCGAAUUACCAUACAGUGUUUACGGAAAGUGACACUAUUCACGGCUUCUGAUUCGCGUGUAUACAAUUUCGGUAACACUCCUUAUCCCAAUCUGCCGUGGGGUCCGUUUUCAGAGUUUCGUAUCCGAUUUUGAAAAACAUGGUAUACGAUUUUACCAACCACCUUAACGAUUUCGCUCAAACGAGUGUCAGUUCCGGCUUCCUUAAUCCCCCGUUGGUCACCUUUACAGCCCACCAAACAUUUUCGACUUUCAUGAAUUUGAAUGCCAGCCCCCUUACUCGAAAUUCAGGAAUGGAUACCCAAAAGAAGGGAAUGCGAGUUUGGA